CAGUGCAGAUACACUUAAUAUCAGGCUCUAGUAUUUACUCUGCUGGUGCAGAUGCUCAGAGGUUUCUCUCCGUGUUGAUUGGCUGCCUGAUUAAUUGGCUAAUUGACUAUCCUCUCUCCCUGAUCUCCUCCAGCCUCUAAUUGGGCCCAAAAAAGGAUAAAUUGAACCCAUUGUUUCUACUUAUCUGCUUGAGAAAGAAAGAGCUGGGAAGUGAGACUGGUUUAUAGGUUUUGAGGUCUUUUUACGUGUAUUUGUUAUAUAUUUUCUUAUUUCUGAGUCUAAUUUUCUAAGCAAACUUCUUCACCUACUUAAGAGGUUGCAAGUAUCCCUUUUUCUGGCUUGGUGAGUCUGUCUCCCAAUCCCUUAAUAUUAUGGCAGCGGUCAUAAUAGCAAAAACCAAAAGCCCUGGACGGGUGAAGCAGCGUCAAAGAGCUGUGGUGCAGAUGGAGCAGAAAACCCCGAAAACCCGCAAACGUUCCAGCAAGGUUCACAAAAUCCAACCCAAAGAAAACCCGAUGGAGGAUGUCCAAGAUGCAGAGGAGAAGCUUAUGUCACUGGCUUUGGAUAAAGAUGGGGACGGAGACGAAUUUGUGGACGUGUGCCAGAGUGGACUUAUGAUCUGUCGAGAGCUCCAUGACAAACUAUUCGAGCAUCAGAAGGAAGGGGUGGCCUUCCUUUACAAUCUCUAUCACAAGAAGAGACAGGGCGGCAUUUUGGCCGAUGACAUGGGCCUCGGGAAGACCAUCCAGGUCAUCGCCUUCCUUUCGGGGAUGUUUGAUGCUGGACUCGUCCGUUCUGUGUUGCUCAUCAUGCCGGUUACGCUUGUUAACAACUGGAUGCGGGAGUUUGCCAACUGGGUCCCUGGAAUUAGAGUGAAGGUCUUCCAUGGGACCAGCAAGAAGGAACGAGAGCAAAACCUUGAGCAGAUCCAGAGGAGAACUGGGGUCUUGCUCACCUCCUACCAGAUGGUCCUGGCCAACUGGGAACAGCUCUCCAGUCUCGACGGGCAGCCCUUUGUUUGGAACUACGUCAUCUUGGAUGAGGCCCACAAAAUCAAAAGUCCCUCUGCGAAAACCACCAAGUCUGUGUAUGGCAUCCCAGCUGUCAAUCGUAUCCUUCUCACUGGGACGCCGGUGCAAAAUAACCUCCGGGAGCUUUGGGCUCUCUUUGAUUUCGCUUGUCAGGGGUCCCUCCUUGGCACCGCAAAAACCUUCAAGAUGGAAUAUGAGAGUCCCAUCAUGAAGGCCAGAGAGAAGGAUGCAACUCUGGGCGAGAAAGCCCUUGGACUGAAGAUCUCACAGAACUUGAUGGCAAUCAUCAAGCCCUAUUUCUUGCGCCGGAGUAAAGGGGAGAUACUGAAGCUGAAUUCGGAGCGAUCCGUCUGCCUGACCGGUGAAGAGAGAGACUACAUUGCUCUGGAAAUGCCGUCUCUACCAAGGAAAAAUGACUUUAUUGUCUGGGUGUACUUGGCCCCUAUGCAAGAAGACAUCUACAGGAAUUUUCUCUCCUUGGAUCAUAUCAAGGAGCUUCUCAUGACAACGCGUUCCCCAUUAGCUGAGUUGACCGUCUUGAAGAAACUCUGUGAUCACCCCAGGUUGUUGUCCGCACAAGCGUGUGCCAAUCUUGGUUUGGAGGUGUCGGAAUACUCUGAGCCAACAGAUCAAUCGACUUUGAGCAUGACCCAAGACAUCAAACGGGUUUCUGAUAAACUUCUCAUCGAGGAGUCGGGAAAGCUUGUUUUCCUUGUUGCAUUGUUGGAGAAACUUCAGGAGGAAGGACACCAAACCCUUGUCUUCUCCCAGUCGAGAAAAAUGCUGGACAUCAUAGAGCACAUCUUAACCAAACGGAGCUUCCGGCUGAUGCGUGUCGAUGGGACAGUGACGUGUUUAGCAGAACGGGAGAAGAGGGUCAGGCAGUUUCAGAUGGACAAAAGCUAUUCGGUCUUCCUUCUGACCACCCAAGUUGGAGGCGUUGGUCUGACCUUGACCUCGGCCACCCGGGUGGUCAUUUUUGAUCCCAGCUGGAACCCUGCAACUGAUGCCCAAGCGGUAGACCGAGCUUACCGGAUUGGACAAAAAGAGAACGUUGUGAUCUACCGACUCAUCACCUGUGGGACGGUGGAAGAGAAGAUCUACAGGCGUCAAGUCUUCAAGGACUCGUUGAUCCAGCAAAGCACCGGGGAUAAGAAAAACCCGUAUCGAUAUUUCACCCAACAGGAACUGAGGGAGCUCUUCACGCUGGAGGACACCACAAGUUCUGCAACACAACUGCAGCUCCAGUCCUUGCAUGCCACACAGAGGAAUUCGGACCUGGAGCUGGACGAACACAUUGCAUAUCUCCAUACCCUGGAGAUGUUUGGCAUAUCGGACCACGACCUGAUGUACACCUGCGAAACAGGUCAAGAGGAGGAAGAAGAAGAAGCAGAAGAUGAUGAGGCGCAUCAGUACAUUGAACACAGGGUCAAGAAAGCCCAGGAGUUGGUCCAGUUGGAGUCGCAGCUCAAUGACAAAAAAUACCAGAAGUCCCGCUACUCGUGAGUCUCAUGUAUCCCAUCAAGUCCAAUGGAAUUAACCUCUGUUAUCAUUUCUUGCUGAAGAAAUCGUUUCCAGUGACUGCAUAGUACACCAAUCUGGAUGCUUUUUGUCUCGAUCGUCUAUUCAAGAUGUUCUUCAUAAUCCAGUUCAUUGUUCGCUCAGUAGCUUGCUCUCCUUUUUUUAAAGACUAAGCAAGGACAAGUUUCACUCUGAUUUUAUUAGAACUAGACUUGUAUUUAACCUUUCUUUUGGCCAUGGCAGUGACAGGUCCAUAGGAUGUCCUUUGCAUUCAUUUGAGAAAGCCGUAGCUGAGAAGUUGUUCUGAGAAGUUGCAUUUCAACUAUGUUUGGAGGGCUCCGCUCUUCCCAGCCCCUUGCCUGAGUGUUAUUUAUAUCUCGAUUAAUAAUAACCAAGGCAGCUCACAGUCCAAAGAAAAUAGCAAAGGAACACGAUAAAGCAGGGACGUCAUUACAGGACAGCAACAAAAGAAAGCUUAAAAUUAGUGUUCUGUUAUGAGUUUCCAUAGGUUUGCAACAAAGCUGUUGAUUUACAACGCAAAUGUUAUAGCGUCGCCUGCAUUCAGAACAACAGCUAAUAAUAAAUGAGGCAACAAUGGUGAUAUGACGGGGUUGUGCCUGUCGAACCUGACUAGGAAAACAAGCUGCUUUCCAAAGUGAUCCAAAAACAUUAUCUGAAUAUUUGUAGCAAAAUGUCAAAGUAGAAUUCUGGAUAGGGAAUAAUAAGAAAGAGCAGUUUCUUGAAGAUUAUAUAAAAAGCAGUUCAGCUAAAAUAGUAAAAACUUCAAAGUCUAAAUAUAGGAAAUAGUCCACAAGGUUCAAGGUGCAAGAGUUGUUCCAAAGACCCCAAAGCAAAAAAGACAUCCAGCACAAGAAUACAAAAGAACCAGGAAUACAAGGCAGCAUAAAAUCCAAUACAAAAAUCCAGAAACAAUCCUGUAAACUUGGAAGCUUGAGAUAUGAAUAAUCCUUUAAACUUGGAAGCUUGAAACAUGAACAAAGACAUGGAACUAGAAUUCCCUUAGAAGGCUUGACUAGGACUUGGCAAUUGCUGUUGCCUCAAUUACCAACAUUAACCAGACUGGCCUGGCCUCUCUAGUAUAUACAUAAAAUCAUGUCUUUUCCCCUGAUUUCCUGAUAAUGGCCUUUUCUGUAACAAGCGCUGUGAGACCUUCGGAGAUUCUGUUGAACAGCCCGGACUAUUGGACUAUUGUUACCACAAUCCCUCAGCCAGUAUGAGAGCACUGGAUUAUGGGAAGAGUAUUGUGCCAAAUUGCUAUAUGUGUGUGUGUAAAGAAAUCCUUGCAAAGUUGCUUGCAAAAGAUCUCUGCUUUUGCAGAGGCAAGCCAUACCUCAAACAAUGUAUCGGUUUGCUGGCAGAUGGCUUGAUUUUGUCAGUUGGGAAUCUGGGCUUGCAGGGAGAGCACAGAAAAGACAGGCUCUCUAGCUACGGUCAAGUAGCAGUUUAAAUAUGCUAUGCUGGGUAUAUUGAAUGCUGAUUGAUUAGAUAUUGAUCCUAUGCAACUACAAGGACAUUGUACGAUUGCUGAACUGUUUAUUUGACUUCAACUCAACAAGUAAAGUUUUUCUUUGUUCUUUUAA